GGUUUUGUCUUCGAGCAAAAUCGACUCUGACACAGAGAUACGCAGAAAGAGAGAGAGAGAGAGAGAGAGAGAGAGAGAGAGAGAGAGAGCUCUGAGAUUAGAAUCAAUGGCGGCUAAAGCUUCGUUGAAGAUCAAAGGCAAAGGAAAAGGAUCAUCAAAGGGAUCAUCAUCAUCAUCAUCAUCAUCAUCAUCUUCCUCCUCUGCAUCAUCAAAGUACAAGGUCUUCAAAGCUUGGACCAACUGGUCAUUGGAGAAAGCCAAAGUCGCGACUCACUAUGGCUUCAUCCCUCUGAUCAUCAUCAUCGGCAUGAAUUCAGAUCCUAAACCUGAUCUUUUUCAACUCCUCAGUCCCGUUUAAUCCUCCAAUUCGGAUUUUCGUCGAAUGUUUUUUUAGAUGCUUUUACUUUCUUUCCCCCAAAUUUGUUCUGUCUUUUUCGAUUUAUGAAAUGGAUUUCUAUUUGUUUCUGAUUCUGUAA